AGCGAGCUGAAUGGGUUCACACUGAAGGACUGGCUCGGACGCGGACGCACGCAGACGCCGAUGAGAGCGCGCGCGCUAAUUAGGAAAACCUGGUCGAGCAAUUAAGCCCGAGGAGAGAAAGACGCGCGGAUUGGAGCGCAGAAGGUGGGUGUUUGGCAGCGAGGAAAGUUUGUUGAGACAGCUCAGUGUCUUUCUACGAGUUCAUUAAACCUCUGUGGAGUUGUUUUUUGUCAUCCGGGAUUUUAUUUUACGAGCAGGGUUGAGUCUAGAAUCACUCAAAGUGGGUUCCACGUAAGGAGUUUUGGAUCUACGCGUGCCGGAGAGUGAGCUGGUUUAGCUCCCCGGUCACCUCGGCACCAUGAGCUGGAGCUUCCUCACUCGCCUCCUGGACGAGAUCUCCAACCACUCCACGUUUGUGGGGAAGGUCUGGCUGACAGUGCUCAUCAUCUUCCGCAUCGUGCUCACGGCGGUCGGCGGUGAGACGAUCUACUACGAUGAGCAGAGUAAAUUUGUGUGCAACACGCAGCAGCCUGGGUGUGAGAACGUGUGCUACGACGCCUUUGCACCGCUGUCACACGUACGAUUCUGGAUCUUCCAGGUGAUCAUGAUCACAACCCCCACCAUCAUGUAUCUGGGCUUUGCCAUGCACAAGAUCGCCAGGAGUGAAGACAGCGAGUACAGGCCGGCCCGGAAACAGAAGAAGAGGAUGCCCAUCGUCAGCAGGGGGGCGGUCAGAGACUACGAGGAGGCAGAGGACAAUGGAGAGGAAGACCCCAUGAUUGCGGAGGAGAUUGAGCCAGAGAAGGCUGACAAGGCAGAAAAAAGCUCAGAGAAGAAACACGACGGUCGCCGGCGGAUCCUGCGAGACGGCCUCAUGAAGGUCUACGUGUGCCAGCUGAUGUGGCGCUCUGCCUUCGAGGUCGCCUUCCUCUUCGGCCAGUACGUCCUCUACGGCUUCGAGGUGAUCCCAUCCUACGUCUGCACCCGCUCGCCGUGCCCGCACACAGUCGACUGCUUCGUGUCCCGCCCCACCGAGAAGACCAUCUUCCUCCUGGUGAUGUACGUCGUGUCCUUCCUCUGCCUCCUCCUCACCGUCUUCGAAAUCAUCCACCUGGGGAUCGGCGGCGUCAGGGACACCUUCCGCAGGAGAGCCACUCUGACUUCACGUGUCCCUCGUCCCUCAUCGUCACGCUCCAUCCCCACCGCUCCGCCCGGGUACCACGCCACCAUGAAGAAGGAGAAGCUGAAAGGGGACUUGCCGAUGGGAGACUCGGGGAGGGAGAGCUUCGGGGACGAGGCGCAGUCGUCCAGGGAGCUGGAUCGGUUGAGGAGGCACCUGAAGCUGGCCCAGCAGCACCUGGACCUGGCCUACCAGGCGGAUGAAGGAAGCCCUUCAAGAAGCAGCAGCCCUGAGGUUAACACGGCUGCAGAGACAGCCGCCGAGCAGAACCGCCUCAACUUCGCCCAGGAGAAGCAGGGAGAGACCAGUGAGAAAGGAAUACAUGCCUGAGCGUGCUUCCUGCCUCAAACGUCUGCGCCUCCAUUCCUACUGGCCUUAAACACAUGGGGGAAGCACAUAUGGGAGUGCAGUCAGACCACUGAGGGAGACCAAAAUCGUGUGUGUGUAUGUGUGUGUAUGUAUGUGUGUGUGUGUGGUUGAGAGAAAUGUGCCUUUCAGUAUUAGGGGUCAGGUUGAAAGCUGACCAAGGUUCAUCUCCACGACUGUAAACUUGAAAGCCCGCCACAUCUCCAGUUUCUACUUGCCGAGCGACCGAGCGACCGAGCGACCGACGUCCAAAACCCUUCGACGGUGCCUUCAGCUCAAACUUUUCUACACCCUGUUUUUUUUAUUUUCCCUGUACGCCCACUCUGCUUUUGUGGCCAUGCCGUAAUAAUCCUCCAUUUCAGACCUUCGCUUGGAUUAUGGAAAGCUUUAAACUCCUCCGGCCAAGUCUACUUUUGUUGUCUUCCUUCAAAAGAGUGGCUCUCUGUUUAUAAAAUGUCCCUGCAUGUUGGCUGCACAGAGGAUCUCCAACAACACAGCCCGGGGUGAUGUCGUGUCUGGAGCACGUGCAGUAGAUUUUUUUUUUUUCCAUUGGCUGCAGCUUAACCUGUGCUAGAUUGGUUCAUCUUUCAUGUUUCAGUAAAACAGAUCUGAUACUAGGGAUUACCUGUGUUUUAAGAGCGAGACACCACACCUUUCAGAAAUAUUUGACAGAUUUUGUAGCCUGUAUGUUCGCUCAAAUCGGCCAAAAUGUUUACCUGGGAAAUGCUUGAAUUCUUUAUUGACCGGAAAUGUUCCAAGAGGUUUCCAAGAAUCAACUUUUUUGGUACAAUUAAUUCAUUAUUUACCUUUUUUUUUAUUUGACCAAAGCUCUUGAUUUCUUUCCUUUUGUCUAGAUUAGAAGGAAGAGUUGGCAUCUUGAACGCCACCUGUUUCACAUGACUGCUGAAAAAUAGGCUCUUGGAUGUUAGACAAUCCUUUUUUUCCUUUCCCUGAUUAAUGUACAAAACAAAUGAUUCAUAAUGUUAGUGCAGAAAGUUUAAAAAAUAUCACUUUUUCUUUUUGGAGAAACAGCUGAAAACAUCUGUCUCCUGGGCGACCGUCAACAAAGACAUUCCAUCCUUGUCUUUCUGAAUUUACAUAUUUCUCCAGUGAGACAUAUUUUCCAUCCUUGACGUGCGCCACUGCCCCUCUCCGCUGUGCUGAAACAUGGGUGCUGCAGCUUUCAUGCAUCCGGGGGGAAAACAAAAAGAAACACACACACACAACCCAGCUGAGGAGAGGAGGAGAGGAUGACAGGUUGGCUGCUGACGCACAGCCCGGCGCCAUGUAAACACACACACACAAUCUCCAUUCAUCAUGAGACUUUUGAUCAAGCGCUCUCCGUGUUCAGUGUACUUUGGUUUUAUGAUCUUUGGCUGGAAUAAUGAAACUGCAGAUCGCCAAAGAGCUGUUUGAUGCUGUAUUUUUGUAAUCAUCUCAAUUUCAUGUUUGCUACUUCAUGCAAGGUACGACGUUCCAUUUUGAAUAUGGUACUUUUUUCAAUGCUUUUUUUGUUCUAUUGUAAGUUUUGUAGUUUUUGUAACUGUAGAGAUUAUUUUGUCUUCAGAGUAAAUAAAUAUAUUUGAACGUUA